AUGGCAGCAAAAAUUGUGGAGAGUGAGGAGAGUGAGGCAAUCACUAUACGUAAGAGGAUUAAACAUCCAGAAAUCACAGUCAAAAAAUGUGUGGCAAUAAAUGAAAAUGUACCUUCCAGAGAUGAGAAGCAAGUGGAUAAAUCUGAACAACCAGACGAAGUAAUUCCAUAUGAAGAGUCAAAAAAUCUACAGAUUAAGACAAACGCUUUUAUCAAACCUCAUAAGCUUCAUGUCAACAUUCCACUGAUUGAAGCUAUAUCUCAAAUACCGAACUAUGCAAAGUUUCUGAAGGAGAUCCUAUCCAAAAAGAGAAGGCUUAUAGAUUUUGAGACCAUCAAGUUAAAUGAGGAGUAUAGUGCUAUCUUACAGAACAAAUUACCUCUUGAGCUACAACAUCCAGGGAGUCUUAAAAUACCUUGCUCAGGGAAUGAUUUGACUUUUAAUUGUUUAUGUGACUCAGGAGCAAGUAUAAACCUAAUGUCUUUCUCUGUAUACAGGAUAUUAGGAUUGGAAAAGCUAAAGGAUAGAUCCAUCUCCCUUCAAUUGGUAGAUAGAUCAAUUAAAUACCCACGAAGAGUUGUUGAGAACGUGCUCAUUAAAGUUGGCAUAUUCAUAUUCCCCGUUGAUUUUGUUGUCCUAGAUAUAGAGGAGUCAUUGAAUGUAGUGUUAUUUAUCUUGGGCAGAUCAUUCCUAUCAACAAGCCGAGCUAUCAUGGACUUUGAAAGUGACGAACUGACAUUGAGAGUGGAAGAUAAGCAAGAGAAGUUCAAGAUCUACAACACUAUGAAAAAUCCAUUACAAGAAGAGAUCAGCAAAAAGGCUAAGGAGGAGUGCAAGUGUAUUGCUACAAAGGUGCAACAAGGCUCGAAGGAGACGGAGCCUAACAUUUAG